CACAGUCAGAGCAGAAUGGAAGCCACUUUAUCAGCCCUGAAUGCAGCAUCCUGUCACGUGACGUGGUCAGACAUGGCGUCCUCUCGGAGACGGCUGGACUGUCUCCGCUGCGGGAUAUGGAGCCUCUUCUUUUACUCUCUUUACUCUCAUCUAAAGCUCGUUCUGGCGGAGGAGGUGGACAGCUGCGACAACCUGAGACUCGGACAGUAUCUCUGCAAAGAUCCAAAGAUAGAUGAAGCCACUCAGGAGCCGGAGAACUGCAGGGACAUGACGGCCUGGGUGGAUUGCCUCCCAGCUCCGAACAUCAGCUGUCGGCUCUCUAACGGGACGGAGCAAACGUUCGACGGGGAGCAUGUGGGCUUCAACAAAACCAUCCCCUGCAGGAAUGUGAGUGGUUAUUCCUACAAAGUAGCUGUGGCUUUAUCUCUGUUCCUGGGCUGGCUUGGAGCAGACCGCUUCUACCUGGGAUACCCUGCUCUCGGACUGUUGAAGUUCUGUACCGUUGGUUUCUGUGGAAUCGGCACUCUGAUCGACUUCAUACUGAUCGCCAUGCAGAUCGUGGGUCCAGCUGACGGAUCACACUACAUCGUGGAUUAUUACGGUGCCCGGCUAACCCGUCUGUCAAUCACCAACCAGACCUACAGGAAGCCACACCUGUCUCUGUGAACACAUCUGGACGCACCUACACACCGACAGGAACACUGUCCGUCAUGUAAAUACAGAGAGGACCGCUUACAACAGAGGAUACACUCAACUUUAUCGACACACCGACUCUGACAUUGAAAUAUGAACCGUUUAAUAAUAAAAGUGACAUUUAUUCAAAACUGCAUCAACCCGACUGGUCAGAAGGCAUUUAAAGGGCCAUUCUGCUGGUUUUGAAUGUUUUCAGCCUGUUAACUUACAAACUGUUAACAUCACAUUCACAUUCCUGAUCAUCAUAUUUUAGAUUGAUCUCCUGACAAGUUUCUUUUCAUCUCUAUGUAAAUCUGCUAUAUUUUCCAGUGUAAUUGUAGUGUUUUUUCCCCACCUCUACUGCAGAGAAUACAUGAGAUAUUAAAUCCAACACUUUUUGUCACUUGAGGUCACAUUUAUCUUCACAUCAGACCAGCUGGUCACUUUUCUGUUUCUGUUUUAUUUAAUAUGAUUUGGUUGUAAUAUAUUGUGACAUUUCGCUGCUGUUCAGUCUUUAAGUUCUGAUGUUUUUCCAUCAAAACAGACUUUGUAAGUAAAGUUUAUUUUUGUGUUAAUCUAUACUUGACUGUUUAUUAAGCAUCACCAGAGGGUUGAUGUUGAUAACAAGCUGAGCAUGUGAUGCUUUCUUUGUUGUUGGUUUCUUUUUGUUAUUUUAUUUUAUAGUCAUGAUUUAACUGGACCCCCACUCAGUUAUUUAUUUAUUUUUUUAAUGUGGUUGUUUCUAUAGGAGGAUAAAAUUCUCAAAUCUAUAGAUAUAAUUCAUCUGGAAGCUCAACACAUGAGUUCCCCUAAACGAGCCACGUCUCCAUUUAGUUUCUAAAAGCUAUGAUAAACUUUGCUUGAAAAAAA